GUUCAUUCCUGCGCCUCAUAUCCGCUCCAAGUUAUCAAAUCCACAUUGGCAUUUUUCUUUUAUCCACAAUCCACAAAAUGACAUUUGCAAACAGCUGUUCGAAAUCUUUGUUUACAUGGUGAAAAAGUAACAAAUUGCCGAUUCAGUCUACUGCUUCAUUAGUUAUAACCAAAAAAUUUUGUAUUAAACACAUAAAGAGCAUAAUGACAUUUCUAUUAUGUGUAAGUGAUUUAUCAAAACACCAGGAAUUUAAAGAAAUUGAUACAAAUAACAAUGUGAAAACACUGCCAAGAAAAAUGCUUUGGGAUCGCGUAAUAUCCUUGCGUACAAACAAUCAAACACCAAAUGCAGACAAAGCAUGUAAAGAUAAGCAACAACGUUCACUAAAGCGUUUAUAUAUCGAGAUUGAUGGUAUCAAUGCCUACUAUCUCUUGCGUGAGUUACAACAAUUGACACAACUGCGUCUACAAUUGCACACGAAUCCUGCAAUGCGUGGCGUUGAUAUAUUCUGGUUACAAUUGAUACCACCAACAAAGGAAGUGAUCGACUACAAAUGGAAUCGUAUUCUAUCGCACACACUGUGGGAACACAUCGAAGUUGAAUAUCUAAUGUCCUGGUUAUCUACGCUUGGUGGCGGUUACUCUGCACUUGGAGAACAAUUCAGCAAAUGUGCAGAGGUUGCCGGUAAAAUAUCUUUACGUCAAUUCAAUAUUGGUCUACGACUUGGUGAUCCAUUCCUACAAUCCAGAUGCAAGUUAUAUUACAGCAUUUCACUGAUACAAACUGGUCAGCUCAGAAAGGCUAAAUAUAUCAUACGUGAACAGUACAAGUUUGCCAGAAAACAAAAGGAAUUCGACGGUCGUUUGGUAAAAAUGUGUCACGGUAUAUGGCAACGUCUGCAAUACGAAUACGGUUUGCGUUUAAAUAGUAAGAAAAAUACCACAGAGUCGGUUUUAGCGAAGAAAUGACAUUUCAAUAGUUAAUAAAUAUGUAACGGAUGCUAUAGGAUUUUCUGUCCAGUUAAAGAUAUCAUACUUGUAUUCUUUUAAAGCAAUGCUUCUAUGGAGAGCUUGUAUAAAUAUGUGAUAUGUUAAAUUGGCAAAAAUAAAGUGGGACAUAUUUCUGUACGGAUUCAUUAA